AUGAAACUAUCUUUCUUCGACUUCUUUGCAGGCCAAUUCCGGGAGACUGUUCCUCCAGUCCUUGACGUCGAUCUCACUGGCAAAACCAUUGUCGUCACUGGAGCUAAUUCCGGGAUCGGUUAUGAAGCCGCGAAGCAUUUCGCCCGAAUGAAUGGGAGGGUCAUACUCGCCUGCCGCAGUAAAGAGAAGGGGGAGAGGGCUCUUGCUCAAAUCAAGGAGGACACUGGUCGUUCAAACGUUCACCUUCGGCUGCUCGACCUAUCCAAGUUCUCUUCAGUGAUCGAGUUUGCGGACCAAUUCGCCAAAGAGGAAGAUCGCCUUGAUAUUCUGGUCGCAAACGCCGCCAUAUCGACUGACAAAUAUCGCACCACGACUGAGGCUGGGAGGAAACGCAAGUACAAUCCUUCCAAUCGCGACCCGGUGCUCACCCACACCCACUGUAGUUUGCAGGUCAACUGCCUCUCGACACUGCUUCUAUGUGUCCUUCUCAUCCCCUCGUUGCUCAAAACGGCAGAACGUUUUGGCACUGAACCCAGGCUCACAAUCGUGGGUAGUGAGGUGCACUACUGGACAAAAUUGGAACGGAAAGUGAUCGGAAGCGAGGACCCGUUGAGGACCUUCAGCAGCAAGGAGUAUUGUACCAAAUUGGUCAUGCUUCGUCGUUAUUUGGAUUCCAAACUUAUCGCCCUCUUCAUCGCCCGCCGCCUCGCAGAGUCGUUGAAGGACACCCCUAUCGUCACCAACAUCGUGAACCCCGGUUACUGCCUCUCCGAGCUCCAAAGAGAUGCAGGUUUCCUUCAGAGAAUAUUCGGCAUGAUCAUGAAUCUCCUGAUCGCUCGCACGGGCGAAGAAGGCGCCCGUCAACUCGUCUGGGCUGCUGUAUCCGAGGACAAAGGCGACUUACGAGGCGCUUAUGUUUCCGCGAUGGCGGUACAAGAGCCAAGCGACUGGUCACUCAGCGAGGAAGGACUUACUGCUGAAGAUAAGCUAUGGAAGGGCAUGGUAUGGGAGCUGAGCAAAGUGGAACCUCGAGUAAUCAAUAUCUUGAGCGAGAAGACUUCAUCCAUCGACUGA